GCAGCAGCGAGUCAGCGACCUGCACAACACAGCCGGGGCAGACUGCAGGAUAGCUGCUGAGCAGGGCUUUAAUGGAGUGAAACUAACAUCUCGCUUGUGCACUAUGGAAUAAUAGCCGUGUUAUUACUUGCUGACACUUCAAAAAUAACCCGGAAAGACAAUUCCUAUAAUACAACUGUGGUUUGUUAUGAAGAGGAGCCAAAGGACACCUCUACUGGACUAAGCUACUGGGCUAUCGAGUAGCAUUGGAUCUUAUCGCACAAAAACAGGACACUGGAUUUGUCGUAUAUUUGUACUAUCUCGAAUUAAUUUUUUGCUGUGUCCUGGACUCCAGCAACGCAUACCAACACCCGUUUGCGUAGGUUAAGGCUUUGGCACCUAAACAAACAAACAUAGCUUGUUAGCAUCAGCAUUCCACACUGCAACGACUUGAUAGCGUAUGCCGCAGCCGGCACGAAAGUGUUUUGGUCCAGCCUCGGCGCCCACGCGACACCGCGGAUUGACGUCGGCCCAAUCUGCAGUAAACUGGCAGCACAUAGCAGGCCGCUGCAUAUAUGCUGGUUAUUAAUUGCUAGCGCCGCAAUUCUUGUCGUGGCUAAAUUGCCAAUCAAAUAUGCAGAUUGAGUAGUAGUUUGCGUUGUGUUAUUAUACAACAGCUCUGUUGUAUAGUUGAGGGAUGUAACGCACACCGUUGUCUUUUGCUGGGUUCACUGUUGUUUACAGUAUGUUAGUUUAUACAUUGAGCUGGUACAAGACGCUUUAAUUGCAGGCUUGUCAAGUAUGAUAAGUGUGAAUGUUGCACCUUCGCUCUUGGUAGCUGCAUUUAGGUUUUUAUAGUCACAGUUGCAGCAAUGCAGACGCCUCCUACACAAGAUCAAAUGAUAAUGAAGAAUGAGAGAUGAGAAUCACAGGCAAUGCAAACAUUUGGAUGAGCACAUAAGGGGUAGUGAGUGUAUGCGGACUCAGGUAUUGUUUAGAUGCACAUGAAAUCCGUUUUCUUGUUUAAGUAAUAUGUCUGAAUGUAUUGUAAAAUAAGCUCGGUACAGUUCAUGUUUCUGACAAGCUGUCAUAUUGCAGGCAGUUGUAGGAGUGAUGCUCUAUUUGUAUGCGUUUGCUGGGAUCAGUGUUAAUGCAUUGAGCGGUUUUUUUUAAGGGAAUCAGCCACCAUUGAUAUACUUCAGAUGAGACGCGGGGGGGCGGGGUUGUUGACCUCGUAGAAACAAGGGAAGCAUCCGCCUGCCAUGCAUAAUUAAUGAGCCCAAACGCAAGCAGUCUCGUUUUAAUCCUUUUGACCACACACACACACGAAUAACGCGCCACACAAAAGCGAGACUCUGUACAUCCAAACAGACACGUCUGUAGAUGUAAACCUUAUGGACUCAUGAAUGGGGUACCGUAUUGUGGGAACCGAGUACCAAGAAAAGCCUGGAUCAGAACAUGAGGGGAUUGAGGCGGUGAUGAUGGAGACUACAGUGGGCAGCUAACGGAACCACUGGGAACGCCACAUUAAAGACGGCCGCAGGGAGUGGGCUGGCCCCUGCCAAGAUGAGCCUCCGGCAACCGUCUUCCACGUUGGACAGCCCUUUCGCGGCUUGGCUCAGCAGUUUGACCAUCGGGGACUCGGACAGGAAGUCCUCCCCCGGCCAGCCGCCCAGGGACCCAGGGGGAGAGUCUCCCACCACAGAGAGCACAGGCUCCGGUCUGGUCCAGAGGUGUGUGGUGGUCCCAAAGGACCAGCUUGGCUUUGGCUUCACCGUCUGUGGCGAGAGGGUCAAGCUGGUGCAGAAUGUCCGACCAGGGGGCGCUGCGGUAAAGGCCGGCGUCCAAGAGGGCGACCGCAUCAUAAAGGUGAACGGAUCUCUGGUGUCCUCCAUGUCCCACCAAGAAGUGGUGAAGCUCAUUAAAUCCGGAGCUUACGUGGCGCUGACGCUUCAGGGCCCGCCCCCUUCCAGCGUCACCCUGCCCCUAGAGCCCCUGUCCGCAGACCUCUUACCCAAUCAGAGGACCUCGCUGGGCGGAGAAGCCCCGCCUCCCCCACCGCCUCCCUUGCCCUCUGGUAUGAGCAGCAGCCCCUCCCAGCGAAUCACAGGGCCCAAACCGCCUCAGCAUGCUGAGGUGCAGAAACACGCCAGUCAGAUCCUCCAGAAGAUGCUGCAGCAGGAAGAGGCUGACCUCCAGGCCCUGAUGGAGAAGCUGUCCCGGAACCCCUCGCCGUCAUUGGAGGAGCGGAUCGAGAGUGCGAAGAGACGGGCUCACCAAGUCAGGAUCAAGAUUCAGCAGGACCUGGACGGAGGCCGAGGUGACCCCAUCACCAACUACCUAGUCGCCGGGGAAGGGAGACUCUCAGUUGACUCCAGUGAAGGAGAUAUAGAGGCCUUUGAGAGCCCCCACUCCUCCCCCUCCUCCUUCAGGACACCCCUGUUCCGACGGCAGGUCUCUGACGUGCGCACUCCUGGCGACGCGGGAGGAAAGGCCCAGAUUAUUGGCCCCGAGGAAGAGGAGGAGGAAGAUGGCGGCUAUGCGUUCAACGAGAUGGACGGGCCCUUCCAGGACAUUGAGCUGCUGAAGGCCCGGCCCGCCCACAUGACCGUCUUCAUGCGCUACGUCUUCACCCAGCUGCUGGACCCCAACCCCCUGCUGUUCUACCUGUCCGUGGAGGCCUACCUGGGCUCCAGCCCCAAGGACGCUCGGUCCCUGGCUCCCCAGGUGCGCUCCCACUUCCUGGACCCCGACGCGCCUCUGAAGAUCAAAGUGCGAGAGGAGUACCUCACAGAAAUAGAGACCCGUCUGCAUGCCCAGGAGGACGUCAGGGGACCCCUGUCUGAGCUCCAGCAGCUGGUGCUGCCCGACAUCCAGGACCAGAUUCAGGACUACAGGAACAAGCAGAUGAUGGGUCUGGGCUCCCUGUUCGGGGAGGGGGACCUGCAGCACCUGGACGGAGACCCGGCCAAGGAGAGGCAGGUGGUGGACAAGCAGGUCACUGCCCUCUGGGACAUCCUCUCCAAGCACGAAGAGGAGAGGAGCGCUCCCCUUGCGUCGGCCGUGUUGCUGUACUUGCGUCAUUCCGGCAUCAAGCUGCGGGACUCCAAGGUGUUCCCGGGGCUGGGAGUCGAGAAGGAGAAGUGGCUCCAAUUCUUCCCCAAGCCCAAGAAGCUGGGCGGCGCCAAGAAGGAGAAGGAGAAGGAUGGGGAGGAUCGGAGAAGGAACCCCAUCCUGAAGUACAUUAAGCCCCGGAGCGCCUCCCAGUCCACGUUCCAUGUCCCGUUGUCCCCGACUGAAGUGCGGUCGGGCAGUGUGCGGAACAUGAUCCAGCAGUUUGAGAACCACUCUGAGUUACCGGGCGAGGAGGGGGCAGACGGAGACCCCCAGAGGCUCUCCUCCAGCAGCCUGGGGGAGGACAGCGCGGACAGUCCCACAGUGGCCUCGGUGCGUCUCGCCCGCAGUGAGUCUCUGAAGGCGCAGGGCGAGGGCCGGCGGAGGGGCGGGGCCUCGGCGGGGGCGGGCGACUCGGUGCCCCGUUCCCGUAGCGACGUGGACAUGGAGGACUGCGGCGAGGAGCGCGAGGGCCCCGCGCUGCGGCCCCUGCUGCACCACAGCGCCUCCUCCUCCGCCUCCAGCAGCUCCGCCCGGUCUCUGGAGAACCCCACACCCCCGUACACCCCCCGCUCUCGACGAAGGAGCGUGGAGUCCCCCCUGGCCCUGAUCCCGGACAGCGGGGCCCUGGAGGAGGAGGAGGAGGUGUGUGACGGACACCCCUGGCAGGAGACGGUUCCCCCCCACCUCCUCGGCUCCCUCAGCCCCCGGGAGGCGGAGCGCCAGGCGGUCAUCUACGAGCUGUUCACCACGGAGGUGUCCCACCUGCGGACGCUGCGGGUGCUGGACCAGGUGUUCUUCCAGAAGAUGAGGUCCGUGCUGAGCUCCGAGGAGCUGGCCUGCAUCUUCCCCAACCUGCCCCAGGUCUAUCGGCUCCACGCCAGCCUGUGUGAAGCCAUGAAGAAACGCAGAGAGAGGACCAUCGUGGAGGAGAUAGGGGACAUCAUGCUGAGCAGGUUCGAGGGUCCCGCGGGUGAGGGCUUCGCGGACCAGGCCUCCCAGCUGUGCAGCCAGCAGUCGGAGGCCCUGGAGCUGCUGAAGAGCAAGCAGCGCAAGGACCCCCGCUUCGCCCACGUCAUGCAGGAGUGUGAGGCCAGCCCUCACUGUCGGAGGCUACAGCUGAAGGACCUGCUGGUGUCCGAGAUGCAGAGGCUGACCAAGUACCCCCUGUUGCUGGGCAACAUCAUUAAACACACCGAGGCGGGUUCCCCCGACCUCCAGCCCCUCCAACGGGCGCAGUCCUGUUGCCGGGGGAUACUGCAGGCUGUCAACGAGGUCGUCAGGGAAACGGAACACCGGCAACACCUCAGCCAAUACCAGCGCAGGCUGGACUCCGCCCCCCAGUUCAAGAGUCUGGACCUCACAGCGAAGACCAUGAUUCACGAGGGUCCCCUCACCUGGAAGGUCAACAAAGACAAGACGCUAGAGAUCCAGGCUCUGCUGUUGUCGGACGCCCUGGUCCUGCUGCAGCGGGGCCCAGACGACCGUCUGGUCCUGCGCGGGCCGUCCCGCUGGCUGGGGGUCACGGGAGGGGGGGGCGACUCCAAGACGGCCUUCAGCCCCGUGGUGCGGCUGGACUCCCUGCUGGUCCGCUCCGUCGCCACAGACAACAAGGCGCUGUACAUCAUCAGCCCCACAGAGGGACAGAUAUACGAGCUGGUGGCCGGGACGGCCUCCGACAAGAACACGUGGAAAGACAUCCUUGAAAAGACCAUCUCAUUGGCCGGUGGCUCGUCUCCCUCAACCAAUCACACCUCCGCUCCCAUAUCUCUCCCCAGUCUAGUAAACUCCUCCCCAAUCUCGACGAACAACCACAUCUACCAAUCAGACGACUCGGUGACGGAGAGCUUGGUCUCCAUGGAGAUGGAGACAGGGUCGUCCAAUGACGACAACGGGCUCAUCUCCAGCGAGCCCGCGGGCCUAUCGGAAGAGCGGUUCCGUGGGGACGGGCCGGAGAUGGGCGUGGCAGAGGCGGCUCUGCAGGACGUCAAGUCGCUACGGCAACUCAUCUUCCACGAUUUGGAGGAGGACCGGUGGAGUCGCGAUUCAGACGACACGCCCACCAACGAGCUGGCCAAUGAGAGGCAUUCGUCCGCUUACGGGCCAAGGGCGCUCUCUCUGGAGACGGUCCUGAGCACCAACCCAUCGGACGGGGAGGACGAGGCCACGCCCCCGUCGACCGAGCAACUCGGGCUUCAGGUCGUCAGGAAAGCUGUGGUGGCGGGCUCUUCCUCUGUCCCCGACGACACCGCCCGUGAUGCCGCCCCCCUCCCCUCCGAGCCGUCGUCCGAGCCGAGAGGCGGGGAAGCCGCGGCGCCCGGCAACCUCUUCUACCUGGUGAUGCCCAGCGAGGCCGGGGAGAGCACCACCGACGACGAACCCCCCACCCCCACCGCCGACCACUUCCCCGAGUGCCCCCUCUUCCGCCAGGAAGUGAUGUCAUCGUCGCAGGACGGCACGUGCCUGCGGCUGGAAGACGCCGACGUCGAGGUGGCGGCGGGCGGUGGCGCGGCGGCGGUGGCGGCGGACGUCGACCAAUCGGACGCUUUGAGGCUAGAGGAGGAGGAAGAGGACGAGGAAUUGGUCCAAUCGCAGACGGGCAGCCAGAGUCAUGUGAUCAAGAACGUGGAGGGGAUCUUCCUCACCAUCGAGGGCCUGAUGACAAAGUUGCAACGUCUGAAGGACAUGGAGAACGCCCACCACCAGCUCCUCAAGUCUCUCCGGGAGGCGGCCAUCGGCCUGCCACCAGAGGAGCACCCCGGUCACCCGGCAACCGUCGCUAGGACGCCAUCGUUGGAGCGCGCCUCAGGAGACGGCACCGAGGGAACGCUGACCGAACUCAAGAUCCAGUCCACCGGGUUCUGACCUCCACUCUGUGUACACACACACACACACACACACACACACACACACACACACACACACACACACACACACACACACACACACACACACACACACACACACACACACACACACACACACACACACACACACACACACACACACCUCUACUCUCCACUCCUUGCCCCCCCGAACCAGCCCCCACCUGCUUGACUCCCAGCAUGCACUGGGCCGUUGGAGAAACACUAAAAGGACGGUGUGCAUGAAACCGUUUGCCGUUGUCCUAUGGGAAACCCCCCGGGAAGUAAGCUUGACCACUACGACUACAGGAACUCCUCCCCCCCCCCCCCCCCCCCCGUCUUCUCCGGAGGAAGUAGGCGACGCUUUGGGAUGCUUGACAGGAAGUAGGAGGAGCUUGAUGGCGAAACAGGAAGUAGGACUGGAUCCCCAGUGGCGGGAGGACAGAGAGAGAGAGAGAGACACGUGGGGAGAAGCUGGGAUGUGGAGAUGAGACGACAUGCGAACCCUUUGCCUACGGUGUUCUUCGUAGGCUCGCACCUUUUUGAACAAUUUACAAAAUAUUAAGAGAAAAUCCGAACGGCUGACAGAAAGACUUGAGUGUCGGAAGUGUUGCUUUUUUUAAAAGAAAUAAUAAUCAAGCCCCCCACCCCCCCUCCCCCCCCCAGCACUUUACCCACAAUGCAUCUCUUUGCAUGUCUGCAUCUUCCCCCCCCCCCCCCUUAACAAGGACUAGGUCUACCGUAGACCAAUAGCUGGAUUUGCACUGGAUUACCAUUCAAGGAAUUCCGACGUCGUUACCCGCACACUACGUGUCCCGUUCCCCUGGAUUGAGUCUCGUGUUUGUUUCUGUUGUUCGAGUAAUCGUACACUCACUGAGAAACGUGGACCGGGUCUUGGUCACCGGCACCCACACACACCGUUGGUUUGUUCUAGAUCAGAGGCUGAAACACUACGGGCUCAGCUGCUGUCUGGGGUCCGACCGGGGUGGGUCUAGCUGCACACAGGGAGCACACACACACGGACCGCUUCCAUGUCGUUUCGGUGGACAUAAAAAGCAACAGGCUGUUUAAUGGGGUCACCCGACGGACACCUUUUCUCAGGUGGGUUCUCGUGAUUCCUCAGCAUGCGCUCGUGAUACGACCCCCCCACAGUGUGUCCAAAUGACGCGCUCCGGGUGGGGAGGGACCCCUUUUUGUGUGGAGAGCCCCCCCCCUCUACCGCGACUCGUACAAAACUGUGUCCCUGCAGCCCCACCCUCACACCCCCGCCCCAGCUCCUCCUCCACUACAGUGACCCCCCCCCCCCCCAGGUGUUAUACUUGUAGCUGUGUGUGUGUGUGUGUGUGUGUGUCAUCGUCUGUGUCUGUGUGUGUGUGUGUGUGUGUGUGUGUGUGUGUGUGUGUGUGUGUGUGUGUGUGUGCGCCCCACCCCCACGCACCCUCCGUACCAAGUUCAACCCAUUCCUCCUCUGAGUAAUAAUGUAUUUAUUGGGAGACAAACGAGAAGAAAUUACAUGUCUGUACAUUUAGAUUUUUUUUUCUAUGAAUAUGCACAUAAUCCAAGUUAAUGUAAGAAAAAGAACAAAAAACAACUGACAUGUUAUAUUUUUUCCCGCACUCUGAUGAAGCGGGAAGUCAUUGGAUGGUGUUCUGUUUCCAGAAAGUUCAUGCAGCUGUUUUCUAAGCCUCGGUUCAAAUGUAUAAUGUAUGUGUAACCAGCAAGAUUGACACUAAUGUAAGUUGUGGUUUUGUUAUUUUUGCGUCUUCCUGUCUUCGUGGAUUUUGACGUGUGCACACUAAAGUAGUGACGUUUCCUCCUCCGAGGCGCAAAUAAAACCAUAUUAAGGCAACUUUUUACCAAAAACCCUCUUCCUAUAGUGGCAUUAUAACAUGGUCUACUAACAAUCGUUAUUAUUCGUGCUUCGUUUGUUUACGCCUUUUACAUAUUUUGUGUUGCAAAAAGGCACGAAGGAAGGAGACGAACGAGAUGGAGGAACAAUUACAAAAAAAACGAAACUUUCGCCUUAGUCUGCCAUGUACACGGAGGAUUCACAUUAUAGUGGUUUUUAAAGCUAUAAUAUAGUUUUACUUUUAACACAUUUACAUUCUUACGCGCUGCCUAAACUUAAGACAAGCAUGACAUUAAACCGUACUCAACCACGCGUGCGCUUCCGAAGCGACCGGUGCGGCGUUGUUUUGGAGCGUCUCUCAGACAGGUCAGCGGUGGGAAUGUCUUUCUGAAGAUGAGGUGAGGACUGAACGGGUAACUGUGCUUUAAGAAGUAGAACAAAAAAAUCGUCGAAGUGCCGGCUUUCUCGUCGGAUGCCAUGGAGUCUUGAGAACGUCAAAGAGGACAAUCGGGAUACCAUAAUCCAAAAACGGCUCAUCUUAUUUCUUUCACCUCCGUGGAGGGAGGGACGAGGUACUCUUAACCGGUGGGGAGAGGUUCGUUAAAGGCUGCCUGCUUCCGUCGUCUGUGUGAUGGAACUCAAAACAUUUUAAGAGUUUAUAGCUCAGAUCAGUGAAAAUAUUUUAGCAGCGAAGAGUUGCAGAGAAAUGUGCGGUUGUUAUGAAGGCAUUUCGGGUGUUUUUCUUUCCAUUUUUUCUUUUAGCAAAAAACUUUUUAAAAUCCUUUUUUUUUUUUGGUUUUGGUUUAUAGUAUUCCAAGAGAAGCGCAUCUUUAUCCAUUUGAUUUCUACCUCCGUAGUUUAAUCUCCUGGUUUUGUUUUGAGUUUCCAUGCGUGUUGCGUUGUGAGUGGAUAAGUCUUGGCUCCGAGGAGUCUAUUCCUUUUGUAAGAUGUUGCACAGAAACUGAAUCCCUGCACAGUGCAAACUACUGUAUGCAUACACCAGUCUUUAACUGUAAUCGCGCAUUGUCUUUUCUUUAAAAAAAAAAAGUUCACUCAUGUAACAUAGAGAAAUCACAGCAAGUUUAUAUAUAUAUAUUAUAUGCAUAUAUAUGGAUAUGCAUAUAAUAUAUAUAUAUAUAUUAUAUGCAUAUAUAUGGAUAUGCAUAUAUAUACAUAUGGAUAUACAUAUAUAUAUAUAUAAAAAUAUUUGUGUUCAUUUUUCUGUAAAGUCUUAGUGUUUCUUUUUGACUUUAUUUUUGUAGGCGUGAUAAAAAAAGUGUAAAUUAUAUUAUUCUCCCCUGUUUUUCAAAAAAUGGCGAGAUUGUUAGCUGCACAGGAAGGAAAAUGAACUUAUGAUUUGUGUGUUUUGUGGAAUUAAAGAAAAACGAUGAAAAUAUUGA